CCACCUCGUAGGCUCCGUUUUCCUAUAAAAGGCGACGACCUGCCAAAUUUCAUUUCCUCCCGCUUCUUCUUCCUUCUCCGUCGUUCAUCAAUUAUCCUUUUUCCCGCCGGAUUUCCUCCACAAAAAAAUGUCUUCCCCGUUUCAGUCCCCUUUUCCGGCGAUCAGAACCGUCACAAUAUCGUACUCGGAGCUCCAAGACAGGAGUGUUGACUUGUCGACGAAGAUUGAAGAAGGGUUUGGACCCAAGGGGCUCGGAAUUCUAUCGGUUACUGAUGUCCCUGGAUUUCCAUCGUUGCGGCAUGAUCUUCUACGUCUUUCAUCGAGAUUAGCGAGGCUACCAGAAGAGACGAAGAAGGAGCUCGAAGACCCUCAUAGUAGGUAUAAUUUUGGAUGGAGUCAUGGGAAAGAGAAACUUGAAUCUGGGAAGCCUGAUUUGUUGAAAGGCUCAUUCUAUGCUAAUCCAACAUUGGAUAGUCCAACAACAGAUGCAUCUUUAAUUAAAAGGUAUCCAUCAUAUUGUGGUUCAAAUAUUUGGCCUUCUAGAGAACUUCCAGAACUUGAAUUAGCCUUCAAAGCUCUUGGAAAGCUGAUUCUUGAUGUUGGUUUGAUGUUGGCCUAUCAUUGCGACCAAUAUGCUUCUAAAAUGAUGAAACUGCAUGAGGAUGAAGCCCUUGAAAAGACGCUUCUUAACUCCCGGUGUCAUAAAGGGCGUUUGCUUUACUAUUUUCCAGCACAGCAGAGCACUUGUGCUGAAGAUAGGAAUAAUCUGUCUUCUUGGUGUGGAUGGCAUACAGAUCAUGGUUCACUAACAGGCCUGACCUGUGCAAUGUUUACAAGAGACGGUGUGGAGAUACCUUGCCCUGAUAGUGCUGCUGGCCUUUACAUUAGGACAAGAGCUGAUGAAAUUGUUAAAGUUUCUUAUGGAGAGGAUGAAAUAGCAUAUCAAAUUGGUGAAACUACUGAGAUUCUGUCCAGAGGUUAUCUGUGUGCAACACCACAUUGUGUUCGGGCACCUCAAGGGGAGGAGGCUUUUAAUCUUGAACGAUCCACAUUUGCACUGUUCAUGCAACCUGAUUGGGAUCAGAAGCUCAAUUUUCCCGAGGAGGUUCAUAUUCAUAAAGAGAUAAUAGCCUCAAAUUGUGCCCUAACAUUUGGAGAGUACUCUGAAAAACUGCUCGACAAAUAUUACCACCUGAAGCCAUAGGGAACCACAGUGCUUCUGUUUCUCUUUUCAGCAGCUGUUAUUGUGAAGUGAAGGCGGCACUUAGAACUUAGAAGCCGACAACAGAGUAGAAGAAAACCCACGUGGUUUUAUAAAGUCAAGUGCCACGUCGGAUGAUAGCGAAAAGCUUCUGAGAUGGGCCCCACUUCUCGAUGUUACCUUCCUACACGGUUCCUUUUUCUGGUUCCUUUUUUACCACACUUUUUGUUCUCCUUAGGUCCAAAUUGCCCCUUUGCUCUCCAAAAUGAAGCUUUUUUUUCAAAGAAUAUAUAUUAUUAAAAAUUAAUUAUGCUUUUAAAGUUUCUCCACAUGUCUAUUGGCAAGAUAGAGCCUGCAUUUUGGCUUAUUCUUCCUUCCUUUUUUGGUCUUUCGUUUCACAUAUUUCAAAUAAUUUAUUCAACUACAACUUAUUAGAUGCGAAUGCACCUUUAUUUUAUCAAACUUUGGAGAAGA